GCUCGAUCAUUUCAUCAUCGCGCAAAAUAUUAUUCCCAAAAUGUCCACGGAGUUGGAGGAGAGGCCGAACCCCGCCGCCGCGGACGACGGCAUCGAGGAAGACGACGAUCCUCCCUUGCUGAGCUCCCAAGCUCUGGAAGCUCUCAGGGAGUUCCUCAGCGAGCAGUCCUCCCUGGGCGGCGCGGGCGGAGGACGAGUAGAUGGCGGAGACGACGACCAGGACGAGGUGCGGUUGGUGGCGGAGGACUGGAGAUUGAGCCAGUUUUGGUACGACCGGGAGACGGCAGAGACGGUCGCGGAGGAGAUCAGGACACUUUAUCGCUCAACCUCUUCUCCCAUCGCCUGCAUCGCUUGUCCAACACUCUACGCGUAUCUAAAGAAGCUUGAUCCUAGUGUUCCAGUAAAAUUACUUGAGUACGAUAAACGCUUUGAACAGUAUGGUGAUGAUUUUAUUUACUACGACUACAAUCAACCGGACGAAUUGCUGCCAUCACUAAAACACAACUACCAAGUUAUCAUCGCAGAUCCCCCUUAUCUGAGCAAGGAAUGCUUGGAGAAAGUAGCCCAUACGAUUUCUCUUUUGGCGCACCCACAAGAUUCAUAUUUGCUGUUGCUCACUGGAGAGGUGCAAAAGGAGAGAGCUGCAGAGCUAUUGAACGUCCAUCCCUGCGGCUUCAGACCUCAGCACACCAACAAGCUCGGGAACGAGUUCCGGCUCUUCACAAACUAUGAUCCUGCAGGGAGAUUGGGUGGCUGGGAGAGAAAGGUUUAAGAGCAUUUCUUGCAUUUUGUUUGUGAUGCAUAUGUGUCCUCAGAAUUCAACUUCUGACUGAUGAUGAAUGUUUUGUUGCUAAUCCGAUGGAAUUACUUUC